AAUUUAUUUCUUAUGAAUGAAUAUUUCCCUGCUGUAACUUAAAUUUAAGAAAAUUAUCUGUGAGUUAGGUGGCCUCUAACCAAAGUGUGCUAUUGUAAAAAAGACUGAUGCAUACUUAUUUGUAUCUGUUUAGCCAGCUAGCGGUAUGUUAUGCACCGUCUAUUCGUUUUGUCGCUUUUUAGUGACGUAAUGCGCAAGCUCAAACAACAGAAGUGGUUUUUAUUUCGUUAAUCUUUUCACACACAGCGGGUCAAAGAGAGUACAGUCUGAAUAGACCCAAGCUAACAGUUUGGUUUAGUUAAGGCUUUGGCGCUUAAUAUAAUUUUGUACGGAUACAUGUUAACACUGCAGCAUCAAGAUGUCGUACAUGCUGCCGCAUCUCCACAACGGCUGGCAGGUCGACCAAGCCAUUCUAUCCGAGGAGGACAGAGCCCUGGUCAUUAGGUUUGAAGCUCAUUGGCUAGAACUCAAAUUGCUGGGGGGCUGGCUCACGUGGGGUAAAAUGAACAAGCACAUCAUGAUAGAUCUGGGGACUGGUAACAACAACAAGAUCAACUGGACCAUGGAGGACAAGCAGGAGAUGAUUGACAUUGUUGAGACCGUUUACCGAGGGGCGAGAAAAGGACGAGGUCUGGUCGUAUCUCCUAAGGACUACUCCACAAAAUACAGAUACUGAUUGGUUCUUCCCUUUCCAUUGCUUUGUGUGAAGCCCAAUGGGAGCAAAUCUGUCCUUUCAUUAUGAGACUUUCUAGACAGCUGGACUACAAAAA